GCCUCGCUGCAGCGCAUCAAUCACUCCCUCGGGUCUUCCUUAACUCACAGGGCAAGAGUGCUCUGUUUCUUGUGAUCCCUUGAAUGGAGACUUGUGCAAGGUGGGAAGCCAGGACAAUGCGGAGUUCACCCAAAAAAGGCGGAAGCAAACAGUUUUCCACACUGGGUGUGGGUGUAUCUGUGGAAAACUGAAGGAGUGGAAACUUAGAUCCCAAAGAGGUGCAUAAGAGAGGAAGAGAAGAGCUGAAUCUCCCUUCCAUCGACAUAAAAAUGAGCAUCGCGAACUUUGGCUGCAAGAUGCACCUGGGGAAAAGUGGCUGGCUACCUAAGUGGAAGGGUUUCUCUCCAACAGGUGACUUAGUCCAGCCUCCAACUCCUAUUAACAUUCCGUGUCAAACCUUGUAUGUUUAUGAGUGACUUCAUUGAUUGGUGUCACUCUCAGCACACAAAGCCUGUCUUCAGCAUAACAGAAGUGUCUGUUAGAAUUUGUUUUCUAACUGCCUUCCAGAGGAGACAUUCCUAACUGGUCUCUGAUUCUUCUUUACCAAGAAAAGGAAAAGUUGGAGUGUUUGGAAAUCAAUAGCAUUUCCAGACUCAUCAGGCACAUCAAAUCUUCAAGCUGGAUUUGAGGGUGGAGGGUUGUUGCAUGUGUCUGUCAACUCAGUAGCUUGAGCAAUAGCAAGAUGGAAGUGAACUGAAGUCAAGAGGCUUAUAGACAAACUGCCUUCUGCCAUCCUGAGCUGAGAUCCAUCAUGGCAGCGGGUGUAGCAGCAUGGCUGCCCUUUGCCAGAGCAGCUGCCAUAGGAUGGAUGCCAGUAGCCAACUGUCCUAUGCCACUGGCCCCAACGGAUAAAAAUAAGCGGCAGGAUGAGCUGAUUAUUCUUAAUGUGAGUGGCAGGCGUUUCCAGACAUGGAGGACUACACUGGAGAGGUACCCAGACACUCUGCUUGGCAGCACAGAGAAAGAGUUCUUCUUCAAUGAAGACACAAAGGAAUACUUCUUUGACCGGGACCCUGAAGUUUUUAGGUGUAUCUUAAAUUUUUACAGAACUGGCAAACUGCACUACCCAAGGUAUGAGUGCAUCUCAGCCUAUGAUGAGGAGCUUGCCUUUUAUGGGAUCCUACCCGAUAUCAUCGGGGACUGCUGCUACGAAGAGUAUAAAGACAGGAAACGGGAAAAUGCGGAGCGGUUGAUGGACGACAAUGAUUCUGAAAACAAUCAAGAGUCCAUGCCAGACCUGAGCUUCCGGGAGACCAUGUGGCGAGCUUUUGAGAACCCCCAUACCAGCACCUUAGCCUUAGUCUUUUACUAUGUCACUGGCUUCUUUAUUGCGGUCUCUGUGAUCACCAAUGUAGUAGAGACUGUCCCUUGUGGCACAGUUCCUGGUAGCAAGGAACUGCCUUGCGGAGAAAGGUAUGAAAUGGCAUUUUUCUGCUUGGACACAGCUUGUGUGAUGAUUUUUACAGUUGAGUAUCUUAUGCGACUUUUUGCGGCUCCCAGUCGCUACAGGUUCAUCAGGAGUGUGAUGAGUAUCAUCGAUGUGGUGGCCAUCAUGCCCUACUACAUUGGCUUGGUGAUGACAGACAAUGAAGAUGUCAGUGGAGCCUUUGUGACUCUGAGGGUUUUCAGGGUAUUCCGAAUUUUCAAGUUCUCCCGGCAUUCCCAAGGCUUGCGCAUCUUGGGGUACACACUGAAGAGCUGUGCCUCUGAGCUUGGUUUUCUUCUGUUUUCUCUCACUAUGGCAAUCAUCAUCUUUGCUACUGUGAUGUUUUAUGCAGAGAAAGGAUCUUCAGCCAGCAAAUUUACCAGCAUCCCGGCUUCUUUUUGGUACACUAUUGUCACCAUGACAACCCUUGGUUAUGGAGAUAUGGUGCCCAAGACUAUUGCUGGCAAGAUCUUUGGCUCCAUUUGCUCGCUGAGUGGUGUGCUGGUCAUUGCUCUGCCUGUCCCAGUGAUUGUUUCCAACUUCAGCCGGAUUUACCAUCAGAAUCAAAGAGCUGACAAACGAAGAGCACAAAAGAAAGCCCGGCUGGCCAGGAUCCGUGUGGCCAAGACAGGCAGUUCCAAUGCCUACCUUUACAGCAAGCGCAAUGGCCUUCUUAAUGAAGCACUGGAGUUGACGGGGUCUAUUGAAGAUGAACACAUCAGCAAAUCCACUUCUCUAAUUGAAAGUCAGCAUCACCACCUGCUGCACUGCUUGGAAAAAACAACUGGAUUGUCCUAUCUUGUGGAUGAUCCUCUGUUAUCUGUACGAACUUCCACCUUCAAGAACCACGAGUUCAUUGAUGAGCAGAUGUUUGAGCAGAACUGCAUGGAGAGCUCAAUGCAAAACUACCCAUCCACUCGCAGCCCCUCGCUUUCAAGUCACCAUGGCUUGUCCACCUCCUGUUGUUCUCGCCGCAGCAAGAAGACGACACACCUCCCAAAUUCCAAUGUGCCGGCUACCCGUCUGCGAAGCAUGCAGGAGCUCAGCACCAUACACAUCCAGUGCAGUGAGCAGCCCUCGCUCACAACAAGUCGUUCCAGCCUAAAUAUGAAAUCAGAUGAUGGGCUGAGACCGAACUGCAAAGCCUCCCAAAUCACAACAGCAAUCAUCAGCAUCCCCACACCACCGGCUCUGACUCCAGAAGCCGAAAGCAGGCCUCCGCCCUCCAGCCCCAGCCGCUCUGUGAACAUUACCACUGCUAGCAGCAACAUUGUCAAGGUUUCUGCCUUGUAAGGCUGUGUUAGGAGGUGGCUUGGAAGGCCAACUUUUCUCUCCCUUUCCCCACCUCCAUGUUCCUUCUUUGCUGCAAAUUGUGCCUAGAUGGAUGGCUGGAUGGACAGCUAGGCCAACCUGAUCAACAUCUAAGGAUUAACAGUGGGGGCCUAAUGGGGCAGCUUCCUUCAAACUCCCAUUCAUGCUGCAGAGUGAGCUCAGAAGAAUCAGGAAGCUGGGGUGGAUGGAUCUCUCUUUGUUCGUAGACGAGAAGAAGUCUUGUUCCACGAUAUGGAGCAUAGAAUAGUUUCCAGAUGGAAAAGAAGGCCUGUCAUAGCAACAAGAAAGUCAAUAAAGAAGCAGAAUUAUAACACUGUGUAUCUCAGCACCUUUUUAAAGGUUUUUAAUGGAUAAUAUUUAUUCAUGAGGAAAUUACUGAAAAAGGUGAUAAAAAUGGAUAUUGUGAAUUUUUUUCUUCUUCAUGCAGCAGGAUCUUUAAUCAACCAAAACUUCACAUUUUCUUUUCUUUUAUAGCUGAAGAAGCCACCUGUCACAGGAAUUUAAUUUACUUUCUUUUGUGUGUGCGUGCGUGUAUGAGAGCGAGCAAGAGAAUUACAAAACUGGCACACUUUAACUACAAAAGAUCUGAGCACACUUUCCUGUUUCUGGGCUCAACCCUGCAAAGACUUACUGUUUGCAUGGUCCACCAAAUGCUUUAAGUAGCUCCUGUAGAAUCAAUGGUUCUACUCACUGUGCAUCCUUUUCUGCAUGAGUGUGUCUUUGCAGGCUUCAGCCUUUGGUACACAGUAGCAAACAGACACCUGCAUGCAAUCACACACACAAGUACAAAUAACUGUUUCAUUGUUGAUGGCAUUCUUUCUUAAGACAGUUUUGUAAUUGCCUUUUAAUUCAACACAAAUUGCAGUUGCAAACAGUGUAUUUGUCUGCUAAUUAUUGUCUGGGGGGGGUGAGUCAUAUUUGUGGGGAAAGGCAGGCUUGAGUAGUCCACCACAAAUUUCUGCUCGUUAUUAUUUUAUCACUGGCUUGUAAAGAGUGUGGCUAGAUUACCAGCUGACUAGAUUACCAGUUCUGUAUUUUUAAACAGUUUUUUAAAAAAAACUAAGCCUGGGGGCAUUUUAUUUUUUAAUCUUGUACACACACAUUUCAAAGAGGGCAAAAUCAUUCAAAGCAACUGCUCCAGAUGUUCGUAACAACUCCGUAAUCUAUGCCCAUCCUUUCUUCUUUCUGUUUUAUAUGUGUUUCUUUGGUAGAAAUGGAAGUGUCUCCCAUUGUAUAUAGUAGCCAGAUAGUCAGUGGAUCCGUCCUGGGUAAGAUUACUUCAGGAGCCUGCCAUUUUGCAUGGACUGUCUUUCUGUCUCAUUUUGUAAUACAGUCCUGUGGCUCUUUGUGACAGCUUCUGGGUUGCAUCAGCUUGGCAGAGAAAGCAAUUUAACAAUAUUUGACUUCCCCUUGUUAAAACAUAAGUUCUUGUCAAAGAGGAGGAUUGCUUCUAGAUUUUGGGGGUCUACUUUAUAUUAGAGUACCAUUCCUAAUCAAUUUAUAAGACACUGUUAAUAGAUGGUUAAAUAUAUGUUUCAAAAUAGCUCGCCAAUUGUUAAAUAUUGUUAUACUGUUUAGAAAGUUUAGGACUGUGAAUUAUAACACCUAUAAGGUUUUAUACUCACAUACUCAUCAUGUACUUGCUGUGGGUGCAAUCCUGCAGGACCUCCAUCCUUGCCAACAAGGCUUACAUUAAUACAGAGCUCUGUGAAUUGUGCCCUACUGUUGUCACAUAGUUCGUGCAAUUUAUUGACCUUUUUGGACAUAUAAUUUUAACACAU